CGAGGUAUCAGCACUUUUCUUUCAUUAGGGGGAAGGCGUGAGGAAAGCACCAAACGGCAGCAGACUUUUAAACUUUAAAUAGACAGGUCCGAGUGUCUGAACUUGCGUUUCCUCUGGUAUCUCAUCCACCCAGGAGUUCCACGGCUUGGCGCGCCCGCUUCACUCCUUUUAAGUGAGAGAGAGGUGCCCAGGCAACAUGGGUGACUGGAGCGCCCUAGGGAAACUUCUGGACAAGGUCCAAGCCUACUCCACGGCUGGAGGGAAGGUGUGGCUGUCUGUCCUCUUCAUUUUCCGAAUUCUGCUUCUGGGGACAGCAGUUGAGUCAGCUUGGGGCGACGAGCAAUCUGCCUUUCGAUGCAACACGCAACAGCCUGGCUGUGAGAACGUGUGCUACGACAAGUCUUUCCCCAUCUCUCAUGUGCGCUUCUGGGUCCUGCAGAUCAUAUUCGUGUCUGUACCGACCCUGCUGUAUCUAGCUCACGUGUUCUAUGUGAUGCGAAAGGAAGAGAAACUGAACAAGAAAGAAGAGGAGCUCAAAGUGGCCCAAACGGAUGGCAUGAACGUGGAGAUGCACUUGAAGCAGAUUGAAAUCAAGAAGUUCAAGUACGGCAUUGAAGAGCACGGCAAAGUGAAGAUGCGCGGGGGCCUGCUGCGCACCUACAUCAUCAGCAUCCUCUUCAAGUCCGUCUUCGAGGUGGCCUUCCUGCUCAUCCAGUGGUACAUCUACGGCUUCAGCUUGAGUGCCGUCUACACUUGCAAGAGAGACCCCUGCCCACACCAGGUGGACUGCUUCCUCUCGCGCCCCACGGAGAAAACCAUCUUCAUCAUCUUCAUGUUGGUGGUGUCCCUGGUGUCCCUUGCCCUGAACAUCAUCGAGCUCUUCUACGUGUUCUUCAAGGGGGUCAAGGAUCGGGUGAAGGGAAGGAACGACCCCUACCACCCUAACGCCGGCAGGCUGAGUCCCUCCAAGGACUGUGGAUCUCCAAAAUACGCUUAUUUUAAUGGCUGCUCCUCCCCAACCGCCCCUCUGUCUCCUAUGUCUCCUCCCGGCUACAAGCUGAUUUCUGGUGACAGAAACAAUUCCUCUUGCCGCAAUUACAACAAACAAGCCAGCGAGCAAAACUGGGCCAAUUACAGCGCAGAACAAAACCGGAUGGGACAGGCAGGAAGCACCAUCUCUAACUCCCACGCUCAGCCCUUCGAUUUCCCCGACGAUAACCAGAAUUCUAAAAAAGUUACGGCUGCCCUGGAACUGCAGCCCCUGGCCAUUGUAGACCAGCGACCUUCCAGCCGACCCAGCAGUCGUACCAGCAGCAGACCCCGGCCUGAUGACCUGGAGAUCUAGUUGCAGGCUGGAGAGCAUCAAGGUUCCACUCAAAUUUGUGGAAGGGAUUAAAAAGGUGCUGUUAGUGUGUGCACCUUAGGUGUUCAUUUUUGUUCUAAUGGAGGUGGUACUCAAAGCCUUAGAAGUAAGGCUCGGAAACAAACAAACACACACACACACACAAAACACAAAGACAUAGAAUACACUAGGGUGGGUGGGAUAUCUAGUAGAGGUGAGUGGAAACGGAAGGGGGGAUGAAGGAGAUACCUGCUGGUUGGUAUUUAAUGUAGUGGAUUCAAAGACGUUCCAAUGCUAAGAGCCAUAUUCGUGAGGGCUUUAUCUUCCCCUACUUCCCCCAACACACACCCUUAAGAGUGGCUCUGUGUAUGUGAAUGUGUGGAUGAUGUGUUAUGGCUAUGGAUCUUUUAAAAUGUUUGCUUUACCAAGAAACUGAAAGAACUUUGUUCAAGAAUAAUAAAUACUUCCUGAAACAUCCCAUUUUUCAACUAG